UCUCCGUGGCCCAUGUCUGAGCAGCAGAAGAGGGUUUCCACGCCGGAGAACGGCCACGGCGGCAAGAGGCCGAGGGCGCUGGCCUCACCGGACGGCGGGGUCAAGCAGGAGCGGCGAGGGCAAGCGGAGGCGAGCCAGGGCGGCGAGGGAGAGGGAGCCGUGGUGGCCGUGCAGGCCAUGGACGAUCCGCAGAUCAGCGUCAGGAUCUCCGUCGCCCGUCUCCACUGCAACGCCUGCCUCGUCCCUCUCAAGCCCCCCACCUUCAAGGUCCGUUCGCUCUUCCUGCUGAUCGCCAUGGUCGAUGGGAUGAUUUGGGAGAGGAAAUUUCGGUUCUUUUUCGGGUGGAUGGAGAGGUGCGAGGCAGGGCACGUCGUGUGCUCCACCUGCCGUGGCAGACACGGCCAGGGCUGCGCCGGCGCCGGCGCCUACGCCGCCUGCGUCGAGCUGGACGACAUCGUGCGCGACGCCAAGGUGCCCUGCGCCUACGAGGAGUACGGGUGCACGAGCUGGGUCGUCUACCACAAGGUGGUGGACCAUCACCGCACCUGCCGCUGGGGGCCCUGCUUCUGCCCGGACUCCAGCUGCGAGCUCUACGCCUCGCCGGCGAGGCUGGCCGAGCACUUCGCCGCCCACCACGCCUGGCCCGUCGCCAAGAUCGCCUACGGGAAGCCGUGCAAGCUCGCCGUCCCGGGGCCCCAGGGCAGGCAGGUCCUCGUCGGCGAGGGCGACGGGUGCGUGUUCCUGGUGUCCCCGUGCGCGCUCGGCGCGGCCACGGCCGUGUCGCUGGUGUGCGUGAGGGCGGGCGGCGACGCGGUGGCGGGGGCGCCCCAGUUCCGCUGCAAGCUCUGGGUGGAGGUCGAGGGCAACAAGGAGAACCUGGCGCUGGUCACGUCCAUGGUGGCCAGCAGCAACCUGUCCGGCGGGUUCGUGGCGGCGGAGCAGGGCAUGUUCCUGGCGGUGCCGCCGGAGCUGCUUCACGACGAGUCCGGCGAGGCGCCCGCCCUCAUGGUCCGCAUCGACAGGGCCGGCGCAGCCGCUGCCGCUGCCAGUGCCAGGUCCCCGUCCGCCACGCCGCCGUCGAAGCUCCCCAAGAGGCUGCAGUAAUGGCGAGAGGAAACUAGUAGGCAGCAAUUAGCUUGGUUUCAUCAAGUGCCUCCCUUGAUCUUUUGCAUCUGUAUUGGCAAUUAGAAUUUCAGUGUGGCAUAGCAGUUGCUGGAUCGGCAAGGAUCAAUAUCCUGUGGUGGCAUGGAUUGGUACUCUGAUGUUAAAUGUCUGUGGAUUAUUCACCUGACAAAUGCGGUCUCCUAGUACUCUGAUGUUAACGUCUCUGGGUUUUAUGUCUAAGUAGCCAUUUGGAAUGUGCGAAUUGCAUGCUGCAAGUUUGUUUUUGUGUUCUUGA